UGAAGGCCGCGUGAGGAGAGGCGGCGAAGAUGGGUCGGUCGGGGCGGUUGGGGUCCGGCAUGGCCGCCAGACUGAAGCGAUGGAAGAAGGGCCACAGCAGCGACUCCAACCCGGAGACCUGCCGGCACCGGCAGGCCGCGCGCAGCCGCUUCUUCAGCCGCCCCGCAGAAAAGAGCGAUCUGACUAUGGAUGCCCUGAAGCUGCACAAUGAACUUCAAGCGGGGCCCCUGCCCGUGGGUCAGCGGGGUGGGACGCGGACCUCCAUGGAGCACGAGGAAGAAGGACCGGCCCUCACCGAGAAGUCAGCAGCCACCUUCCUCAGCGGCCUCUCCGACUGCACCAACGUCACCUUCAGCAAAGUGCAGCGCUUUUGGGAGUCCAGCUCCGCGGCUCAUAAGGAGAUCUGUGCGGUCCUGGCUGCUGUCACCGAAGUGAUCCGUUCGCAGGGAGGGAAGGAGACGGAGACCGAGUACUUUGCGGCCCUGAUGACCACCUUAGAAGCCGUGGAGUCGCCUGAUUCUCUCGCUGCCGUUGCUUAUCUGCUGAACCUAGUGCUGAAGCGCGUACCAAGCCCCGUGCUCAUCAAGAAGUUCUCUGACACCUCCAAGGCCUUGAUGGCCAUCCUGGCAGCCCAGGCCAGCAGCAGCAGCUCCAGCCCUGCCCUCCGAUGGGUUCUCUCCUGCCUGGCUACUCUCCUGCGGAAGCAAGACCUGGCUGCGUGGGGCUUCCCCAUCACCCUGAAGAUUUACCACGGGCUGCUAAGCUUCACUGUCCACGCCAAGCCCAAGAUCCGGAAGGCGGCUCAGCACGGGGUGUCUUCCGUUGUGAAGGGGAGCGACUUCCUGUUCGGAGAGGCGGCUCCCGCCCACCACCCGGCUGCCCCCUCCACCGCCAAGUUCUGCAUCCAGGAGAUCGAGAAGGCUGGAGGCUCCAGGGAGGCCACCACCACCCUGCAUGUUCUGACGCUGCUCACGGAGCUGCUGCCCUGCUUCCCGGCGGGGGCCGUGAAGAGCUGCAGUGAGACGCUCCUCAGGGUUAUGACCCUUAGCCAUGUGCUGGUGACCGCCUGCGCCAUGCAGGCCUUCCACAGCCUCUUCCACGCCAGGCCCCGCCCGGAAUCUCUGUCCGCCGAGCUCAAUGCCCAGAUCAUCACGGCCCUGUACGACUACCUACCCAGUGAGAAUGACCUCCAGCCUCUGCUGGCCUGGCUCGCCGUCAUGGAGAAGGCCCACAUCAACCUGGUCAGGUUGCAAUGGGACCUGGGCCUGGGCCACCUCCCUCGCUUCUUUGGGACCGCCAUGAACUGCCUGCUCUCGCCCCACGCGCAGGUGGGGGCCGCCGCCACCGAGAGCCUGAAGGUCCUCGUGGCAGAAUGCGUCGCCCCCCACAUGGACGACAUCGGACCCGUUUCCACCUCGGCCUCCGGCCCUGCCCUGUGCGUCUCCAAGAUGUUCAGGGCCGUGGAGGAGGGCCUGACGUAUCGCUUCCACGCGGCCUGGGCUUCGGUCCUGCAGCUGCUGAGGAGCUUCUUCGAGGCGUGUGGAAAGCAGGCGCAUCCCAUCAUGAGGAAGUGUCUCCAGUCCCUGUGCGACCUGCGCCUCUCCCCGCACUUCCCCCUGACGGUGGCGUUGGACCAGGCCGUGGGCGCGGCGGUGAGCAGCAUGGGGCCGGAGGUGCUGCUGCAGGCCGUGGCCCUGGAGAUCGAUGGUUCUGAGGAGACCCUGGACUUUCCCCGGAGCUGGUUGCUGCCCGUGAUCCGGGACCACGUCCGCGGCACACGGCUUGGCUUCUUCACCUCCUACUUCCUGCCCCUGGCCAUGACUCUGAAGAGCAGAGCCAAUGAACUGGCACAAGCGGGAAGUACUGUGGAGUCCAAAAUCUAUGACACCCUGCAGUGGCAGGUGUGGACCCUCUUGCCGGGCUUCUGCACUCAACCCACCGACGUGGCCACCGCCUUCAAGGGGCUGGCCCGCACCCUCGGCACAGCCAUCAGCGAGCGGGCUGACCUGCGGCUGACCGUGUGCCACGCCCUGCGCACCCUGAUCACCAAGGGCUGCCAGGCAGAGGCUGACCGCACAGAAGUGGGCCGCUUUGCCAAGAACUUCCUGCCCAUCCUGUUCAACGUGUAUAGCCAGCCGGCUGGGGCUGGGGAAGGCACGGCCUCCCGGCGGGCCGUGCUGGACACCGUCAAAACCUACCUCACUGUCGCCGAGCCUGAGCUGGUGUCCGGGUUCCUAGAGAAAGCGAGCGAGAAGGUGACGGACCCCAACAGCACCGAAUUCACCAGGCUGUCCAUCCUUGACCUGAUUGUGGCGUUGGCACCUCACGUGGAUAAGAACUCAAUCAACAACCUGUUCCGUACAAUCCGGCCCCAUUUGGAGAGCAAGGAGCGGGGGCUGCAGAAGAAGGCCUACCGAGUGCUGGAGGAGCUUUGUGCCAGCCAGCAGGGCCCUGGGGAGCACUUUGUGCAGAGCAAUCUGGACGAGUUGAAGACGACCUUGCUGGGCUCCCUGCGCAGCGCCGCCUCCCCCGCCAAGAGGCCCCGCCUGAAGUGCCUGUUCCACAUCGUGAAGCAGCUGACGGGCGAGCAUGAGGAGUUUGUCACCGCUCUGGUCCCCGAGGUGAUCCUCUGUACCAAAGAGGUGUCCGUGGGAGCCCGGAAGAACGCCUACGCCUUGCUGGUGGAGAUGGGCCAUGCUUUCCUCCGCUUCGGCCCCAGCCAGGAAGAUGCCCUGCAGCGAUACCUGCUUCUGGUCUACGCCGGCCUCACGGGCUCCGUCACCAUGGUCAGCUGCAGUACCCUCGCCCUCACCCGCCUCCUGUUUGAGUUCCGAGGUCUGAUGGGGGCGGAGACGGUGGAGCAGCUGCUGAGGAACGUGUGCCUGCUGCUGGCUUCUCGGACCCGCGACGUCGUCAGGUCGGCCCUGGGUUUCGUCCAGGUGGUCCUGCUGGUCAUGGAUGUGGCGCUCCUGGCCAAACACCUCCAGCUCAUGAUGGAGGCCAUUGGGAACCUGACGGACGACAUGCGGCGUCACUUCCGCCUGAAACUCAGGAACCUGUUUACCAAGUUCAUCCGCAAGUUUGGCUUCGAACUGGUCAAGGGGCUGCUCCCCGAAGACUACCACAAGGUCCUUGUGAACAUCCGCAAAGCCGAGGCCCGUUCCAAGAAACAGCGGGCUCUGCGCCAGGCGGCCGCGGAGGAAGAGGAAGAGGAGCCCGUCCAGCUCCGGGGAGAUGGAAUCGAAGAGAUCUUGGCUGACUCAGAGGAGGAAGAGGAGGAGGAGGAGCAAGCCUGGCGGGGCAGGGAGCAGAAGAAGCUGAUGCGGCAGAAGAGCCGUGCCUGGUUGAAGGAGGGCAGUGGCGAUGAGCCCCUCAACUUCCUGGACCCCAAUGUGGCCCAGCGAGUCCUGGCUACCCAGCCCCGGGUCAAGCGGAACAGGAAACAAGGCCACGACUUCAAGAUGAGCGCCGACGGGCGUCUGAUCAUCCGCGACGACGAGGAGGAGGAGGAGGAGGAGCCGGAAGAGGAGGAGAGCUCCAAAGCUGCGGAUGAGGAAACGGCGGACCUCGAGCAGGAAGUGGGCAUCUGGAGUAAGAAAGCCCAGAAGCGCAAGCUGCGGAAAGAACACGACGAUGAGGAGCUGGAGCCCCGACCUCAGUACAAAGCCGGGGGCUCUGGCAUCCAUCGUCCUCUGUCAAAAAAACCCGCUGGGGCUGACUACAAGGCCAAGAGAGCGAGAGGGGACGUGAAGAAGAAGGGCAACCCAGACCCGUACGCCUACAUCCCCCUCAAUAAGGCCAAGCUGAACCGCAGGAAGAAGGCCAAGAUGCAGGGGCAAUUCAAAGGGCUGGUGAAGGCUGCCAAACGGGGGGCCCGGACCGGGUUCAAGAACCGCAAGAAGGAGCGUCGGAGCUGACGCUCCAGGACCCCCGGUGAAUCCCACCCACCACCGGGAGCAGGAAGGCGGAUUUGGAAACGGAUGGGCCGAGCGAGCUAGGGCACGGAUCCUGCACGGCCCCUGGCGGGCCGGAUGACGGGAAUGGGGGCGAGGCCUCCCGACCGCUGCCACCCAGGAUAAGCCCAGGGGACAACGUGUCUCAGAUUGGAGCCGCGCAGCAGGAGAGACCGUGGUCACCACCAGGCCUCUGGACUCUGCUUGAGGGGGCCCGAGCGUGUGUGCUGUGUGUGUGUGUGUGCACGCCUGGAGCGGGGCUGCAUGCCGCUGCUGAUGGGGCUGAGUCUCUCUUAGCAAAAGGGUAGAGAAUAAAUACGCUAAUGACCAUCA